CCGGAAGUGCACCAGACAUCAUGUACUUCCAUUGUUUUGAGAGUCUUGGGAUAGAUCCAGCUCUGUUGCAGAGGUAUGAUGGUCCCAUCUACGGGUUCAACAACCAACCAGUUCCAGUCGAGGGAGUACUUACCAUGAACGUAGCAUUUGGGAGUGGCCGAAGUUAUGUGACCCCUACAGUGAGGUUUUUAGUGGUCAAAAUGGCGUCUUCUUUCAACGUUGUUAUUGGCCGACCUACACUAACUGAGAUUCGAGCCGUGGUUUCCCAGUCCCAUCUGUGCAUGAAAUUCCCAACUCCUACGGGAAUAGCAACACUGCGAGGCAACCAGGAGGUAGCUCGGCAUUGCUAUAUCACCUCGAUAACACAGCCUCAGAAGGGCAAGACUCAGACACCCGAGAUUAAUCCCAAACAGAUACCUGAUGAUCGGCAAGUUAUGGGUGUCGAAAUAGUAGAUAACCGACCUGAAGAUGAAACCAGAGCUGCUCCGGUUGAAGAUGUGGAGGAGGUACAGAUUGAUGACAGAGAUCCGAGCAGAAAAACGCAAAUUGGGACUAAAUUGAACUCGGAGGAAAGAGCAGAGUUAAUAGCUUUUCUUCGGGCCAAUAACGAUGUUUUUGCAUGGACUUCAGUAGAUAUGCCGGGAAUCCCCACUUCAGUUUUUCAACAUAAACUCAGCACCAAUCCCCUCAAGAAACCAGUAGCACAGAAGCGACGUCUCUUCGGGGGGGAGAGGUUAAAGGUUAUUAAAGAAGAAGUUGAGAAACUCUUACAAGCCGGCUUUGUCAGGAGGGUAGAUUACUAUGAGUGGGUCGCCAAUCCGGUGUUGGUGAAGAAAGCAAAUGAUAAAUGGCGGAUGUGCAUCGAUUACACUAACCUUAACGAUGCAUGUCCAAAGGAUUGUUAUCCAAUGCCAAACAUUGAUAAACUAGUUGAGGCAGCUUCGGGAAAUGAGAGAUUAAGUCUCUUGGAUGCAUACUCAGGCUACCACCAAGUCCCAAUGGCUCCUAAGGAUGAAGAAAAAACCUCGUUCUAUGCUGGCGACGAGAUCUAUUGCUAUGUAAUGAUGCCCUUUGGUUUGAAGAAUGCAGGUGCCACUUACCAGAAGAUGGUUACCAUCGUGUUCCGAGCUCAAAUAGGACGGAAUCUGGAAGUUUAUGUUGAUGAUAUAGUGGUGAAGAGUUUGAAAGCCGACAAUCAUUUAACCGAUCUUGAGGAGACAUUCAACAAUUUCAGACAGAAUAGAAUGAGGUUAAACCCAGCCAAGUGCAUCUUUGGUGUGGAAUCUGAAAAAUUCCUGGGUUUUAUGGUUUCCCGGAGAGGAAUUGAGGUCAACCCAGAGAAGAUCAGAGCAAUUGCCGAGAUGGAACCGCCGAAGUCAGUUAAGGACAUACAGAGGUUGACUAGAAGGGUAGCAGCUCUUCAUCGGUUCAUAUCGAAGUCAGCAGAUAAGUGCCUACCAUUUUUCAAGAUUAUGAGGUCAGCUGCCCA